AAAGUGGUCGGUUUUUUCACCUUUUCCUGUGUUCAGCCCAUAGGAUAUUUUCCAGCCAGUCUUACUCCAUUGACUCGCUAAGACAAAACUCAAAAUGUUCUACACCUGUGGUCCCAACGAGGCGAUGGUCGUGUCAGGAUGUGGACGUUCUCCUCCUCUGAUGAUCGCUGGAGGCCGUGUGUUUGUCUUUCCCUGCAUCCAGCAGAUCCAGAGGAUCUCUCUGAACACUCUGACUCUGAAUGUGAAGAGUGACAAGGUCUACACCCGACACGGAGUGCCCAUCUCAGUGACCGGCAUCGCCCAGGUGAAGAUCCAGGGUCAGAAUAAGGAGAUGCUGGCAGCAGCGUGUCAGAUGUUUAUGGGGAAAUCAGAGGGUGAAAUUGCUCAGAUCGCCCUGGAGACACUGGAAGGUCAUCAGAGAGCGAUCAUUGCCCAUCUUACUGUGGAGGAGAUCUAUCAGGAUCGUAAGAAGUUCUCUGAGCAGGUGUUUAAGGUGGCGUCAUCUGACCUGGUCAACAUGGGCAUUGGUGUGGUCAGCUACACACUUAAGGACGUCCACGACGACCAGGAGUACCUCCACUCCCUGGGCAAGGCCCGUACUGCCCAGGUCCAGAGAGACGCUCGCAUCGGUGAAGCCCAGUACAAGAGAGAUGCCGUCAUCAAGGAGGCCCAUGCCAUGCAGGAGAAGGUGUCGGCGCAGUAUAAGAAUGAGAUUGAAAUGGCCAAAUCUCAGAGAGACUUUGAGCUGAAGAAAGCUGCUUACGAUGCUGAGGUCAACACCAAGAAGGCGGAGUCAGAGAUGGCCUAUCAGCUGCAGGUGGCGAAGACAAAGCAGCGUAUUGAGGAGGAGAAGAUGCAGGUGCAGGUGGUGGAGAGAACCCAGCAGAUCACGCUGCAGGAGCAGGAGAUCACACGCAAGGAGAGAGAACUGGAGGCCAAAGUCAAGAAACCCGCAGAGGCCGAGAGAUACAAACUGGAAAAGAUCGCAGAGGCUCACAGGCUGCAGUUGAUCAUGGAGGCUGAAGCUGAGGCAGAGUCAAUCAGAAUGAAGGGAGAGGCAGAAGCGUUUGCUGUAGAGGCCAAAGGUCGUGCAGAGGCGGAGCAGAUGGCGAAGAAAGCCGAGGCCUUUAAACAGUAUAAGGAAGGAGCCAUGGUGGACAUGCUACUGGAGAAACUCCCACUGAUGGCAGAGGAGAUCAGUAAGCCGCUGGCUGAGGCCCAGAAGAUCACCAUGGUGUCCAGCGGUGGAUCAGAGGUGGGUGCGGCCAAACUGACCGGAGAGGUUCUGGACAUCAUGACCCGACUGCCCCACACCGUGGAGAAACUGACCGGCGUCAACAUCGCACAGGCUACGUCCACUCGUAUGGGCUGAUUGUGAAGUUGUGGAGACAGAAGGCGGGGCUCCUACAUAAUCAGACUAAACAUUGCCCCCUACUGGUCAUGCCUGUCUAUGCAUGUAUCUGCAUGACUGUUAGUACCAUGUCUAUAGCCUGGGUAUUGUAGUCCUCUCAGAGGAUUUGUAGUCUUCUCUCCAACUUUUGUCACUUUUCUCCCCCGAAGUUAUUUUAUGAUAUUUUAUACUGUUUGGUUUUUUUUGUUUGUUUGUUUGUUUGUUUUUGUUUUUAUAGUUUUAUAAGGCAAACAGUGCUUUGAUGCUGUGAAGUGGCCUUUGGUUUAGAUGGUCAGAGCCAGACUGGGAAAAUCAGAACUGGUUUUUCUUUCCGAUAUAUGGGACACGUUUGCCCGACCGGUCAUCGUUCCCCCGCGGUCUGGAGCGGUGUGUGGUAGCCAAGGCCACAGGACUGUGUGUGAACUGAGCUGUCAAUCACACGGCAGAACCAAUCCAGACCCCUCGUCUGAGGAGGUGCUUUACUCGACAGUAAAGCAGAGAUGGAGGAAAGAUGAGGAAUCGGUGAACGUUUCCUUUCUGUCUAAGUGGUGUGUGUGUGUGUGUGUGUGAGUUUUCCUGCUCUCUGAGCCGAGGUAAAACACACACACACACGCGCACACACACACACAGGUUGGAUGUUAGUUCAUGUGCCUUCUACACCAAACUCAGGUGUGCACUGUAUAAACGGGACGACACAGGUCGCUGGUCUGCGUGUGACAGAAAACUGGAUUUAGAUGGAAAACCAGUGCCUUACCAAAACUUACAUAAACAAACAGUGAAUUUAUCUGUAUAAUGCCGCCUGAUUUUUUUUUUUUUUUAGUGUCAAAUUUUAGAAAUGACUGAUGUGUGUAAACUAAUCAAAAAAAGACCCCUUUAACUUGUUUAACUGUGUGCUUUGAAGCGGGAGCUCCACGGGAACACUGAGCUGGUUUCCUUGGGAACAGUGGUGUGAUAUGUACGGGAACAGUGCAGUGACUGAGUUGAGUUGUGUGGGAACAGUGCAGUGAGCUGAGUUGAAAGGAGAGGAUUUCCCGUCAGAAUGAAAGAGAAGAGAAGAACAGGUCGGCGUGAGGGUGAAAUGGUUUUGUUGCGUUGUUGUCUCAGGGAAGAGAUGAAGACAGACGCUAGUCAACCACACUCGUUCUUUCAAGUCAACUCAAAUGUAGGUCAUGCGCCCGCACGUACACACACACACACACACACACACACACACACACACAUAUACACACAUAUACACACACACACACUGACACACUGAGUGUAUGAAGAAACCACUAGACUGGAGAGGAAGCUGGUUUCAGAGGACGAGAGGAGAUGUAAAGACAGAGAGGGGGGGGAAGAGAGGUGAGGGGCGAUUGGGUGUGUGUGUGUGUGUUUAGCGUUGAGUCGAUGACUCUGGUGUCUAAAGUCAGUCUUGUAGUUCCACUGCCUCAUUUUUCAGUCGCCAUCUUAAAAAGCCAGGAUGCAAAUCAUGUUCUUCACCUAUCACAAAGUGCCUGACACCAUCUCGUCCCUCAAAACACACACACACACACUCCACGCACUCGGUGUGUAACGUGCGUGUGUGAGAGAGAGAUACUGUAUGUUUAACUGAACUCGUGUCAGGUGGUUACUGGUUCUCCUGCGUGUUCAGCUGUGUUCUGUGAGAAGAUAAUGGAAGCGUCAGUGUGGUUUAACUGGGGCUGUGUUAUCGCGCUGUGGCCAUCUACUCGUGUUCAUGUUUUGUUUUUUUUUUUACUGAAUGUUUUCUGGGUAAACAACCUGCUUGCUUCUCUGAGAGCUCUGUGGCCUGACAAUGCACUGUGUUUAUUAAUGACUUCACACUGACUUCUACAUUAAAGCCUAACUACUUACUGCA